AUGAGUGAUUUGAAUACAGGUAAUUUCUGGAUCGGCAACGAGUUGCUGCAUUAUGUCACCAACAACCGACGUCACGCUUUGAUCGUUGAAGCCAAGUUCAAUGGACAACCGUAUAAGCAGUAUCAGUAUUACGGAUUUGUGGUAAAAGGUGAAGACGAAGGUUACGCAUUCACCUUUGAAUUUGGAGGCCCAAAUGACAAAAACGUGCUUGGCGAUGGACUGACGCUGGCUAAUGGGACCAAGUUUUCCACCUACGACGUUGACAACGACCUCAGCGUUGACAACUGCGCAGACAUUCACCAGUCAGGGUGGUGGUUCACGACAUGCGGGGGCUACAACCCCACAGGACAACCGCAGCCACCAUCUGACACAUACAUGUCAUUUGAUCCUCUCGCUCUUUCUUGGCCAGUUCCUGGAAACUAUUCACCGGUGUCUUUAGAAAUGUUUCUAACACAUGGCCUGCCGGAAGUGUUCAGGAGUGGAUGA